GAGCCGUCAUUCAGUGGCGGGGCUGCCCGCGGGGCUGGCGGGCUGAAGGGAGGAAAGAUGGCGGCGGCGGCGGCUGGUGGGGCCUCCGGGCUGCCGGGUCCCGUGGCCCAAGGAUUGAAGGAGGCACUAGUGGAUACUCUCACCGGGAUCCUGUCCCCAGUGCAGGAGGUGCGGGCGGCUGCCGAGGAGCAGAUCAAAGUGCUCGAGGUGACAGAGGAAUUUGGUGUUCACCUGGCAGAGCUAACUGUAGAUCCCCAGGGGGCACUGGCAAUCCGUCAGCUGGCCUCAGUCAUUUUGAAGCAAUAUGUGGAGACUCACUGGUGUGCCCAGUCAGAGAAGUUUAGGCCUCCUGAAACCACAGAAAGGGCAAAAAUUGUUAUCCGGGAGCUAUUGCCCAACGGGCUGAGAGAGUCAAUAAGCAAGGUGCGCUCCAGUGUGGCCUAUGCAGUGUCAGCCAUUGCCCACUGGGACUGGCCCGAAGCCUGGCCCCAGCUCUUCAACCUGCUCAUGGAGAUGCUGGUGAGCGGAGACUUAAAUGCAGUCCAUGGAGCCAUGCGAGUGCUGACAGAAUUCACUCGAGAAGUAACAGACACACAGAUGCCACUUGUUGCUCCUGUCAUUCUCCCAGAAAUGUAUAAGAUCUUCACCAUGGCCGAGGUGUAUGGCAUUCGAACCCGUUCCCGAGCUGUGGAGAUUUUUACCACUUGUGCCCACAUGAUCUGUAACAUGGAGGAGCUGGAAAAGGGUGCCGCCAAGGUCCUGAUCUUUCCUGUGGUGCAGCAGUUCACAGAGGCCUUUGUUCAGGCCCUCCAGAUACCAGAUGGCCCCACAUCCGACAGUGGGUUUAAGAUGGAAGUCCUGAAGGCAGUGACAGCCCUGGUGAAAAACUUCCCAAAGCACAUGGUGUCCUCCAUGCAGCAGAUUCUGCCUAUAGUUUGGAAUACCCUAACUGAGAGUGCAGCUUUUUAUGUGAGGACAGAAGUAAAUUACACAGAGGAAGUAGAAGAUCCUGUGGAUUCUGAUGGUGAAGUCCUGGGCUUUGAAAAUCUUGUCUUUAGCAUUUUUGAAUUUGUCCAUGCUCUACUUGAAAACAGCAAAUUCAAAAGCACUGUUAAGAAAGCUUUGCCUGAGUUGAUUUACUAUAUUAUCCUGUACAUGCAAAUCACUGAAGAACAGAUUAAAGUGUGGACAGCCAACCCGCAACAGUUUGUAGAAGAUGAAGAUGACGAUACUUUCUCCUAUACUGUUAGGAUUGCAGCUCAAGACUUACUGCUGGCUGUGGCCACUGAUUUCCAGAACGAGAGCGCGGCAGCCCUGGCUGCUGCUGCCACUCGGCAUUUACAAGAAGCCGAGCAAACCAGGAACAGUGGCACUGAACACUGGUGGAAGGUCCAUGAGGCAUGCAUGCUUGCCCUAGGCUCAGUGAAGGCCAUCAUCACUGACAGUGUGAAAAAUGGCAGAAUCCAUUUCGACAUGCAUGGCUUCCUGACCAAUGUCAUCCUUGCGGACCUCAACAUCUCAGUGUCUCCUUUCCUCUUGGGCCGGGCACUUUGGGCUGCUAGUCGAUUCACUGUUGCUAUGUCCCCUGAAUUGAUCCAGCAGUUUCUACAGGCAACAGUUAGUGGUCUUCAUGAGACACAACCCCCAUCGGUUAGAAUUUCUGCUGUGAGAGCCAUCUGGGGUUACUGUGACCAGCUGAAAGUCUCAGAGAGUACCCACGUGCUUCAGCCCUUCCUCCCCAGUAUCCUGGAUGGCUUGAUUCACCUUGCAGCCCAGUUCAGCUCAGAGGUCCUCAACCUGGUGAUGGAGACCCUGUGCAUCGUUUGUACAGUAGACCCAGAGUUCACAGCAAGCAUGGAAAGCAAAAUCUGCCCCUUCACCAUCGCCAUCUUCCUCAAGUAUAGUAACGAUCCUGUCGUUGCCUCGCUGGCUCAGGACAUCUUCAAGGAGCUGUCCCAGAUUGAAGCCUGUCAGGGCCCAGUGCAGAUGCGGCUGAUUCCCACUCUAGUCAGCAUCAUGCAGGCCCCAGCAGACAAGAUCCCCGCAGGGCUCUGUGCGACAGCCAUUGAUAUCCUGACCACAGUGGUGCGGAACACAAAGCCUCCCCUUUCCCAGCUACUCAUCUGCCAGGCUUUCCCUGCUGUGGCGCAGUGCACCCUUCACACAGAUGACAACGCCACCAUGCAGAAUGGUGGAGAGUGCCUGCGGGCCUAUGUGUCGGUGACACUGGAGCAGGUGGCCCAGUGGCAUGAUGAGCAGGGCCACAAUGGGCUGUGGUAUGUGAUGCAAGUUGUGAGCCAGCUCCUGGACCCACGCACCUCAGAGUUCACCGCAGCUUUUGUGGGUCGCCUCGUCUCUACUCUCAUCUCCAAAGCAGGGCGGGAGCUGGGCGAGAAUCUGGACCAGAUUCUUCGUGCCAUCCUCAGUAAGAUGCAGCAGGCAGAGACGCUCAGUGUGAUGCAGUCUCUGAUCAUGGUGUUCGCUCAUCUGGUGCACACUCAGCUGGAGCCCCUCUUGGAGUUCCUGUGCAGCCUCCCGGGACCCACAGGCAAGCCUGCCCUGGAGUUCGUGAUGGCCGAGUGGACGAGCCGGCAGCACCUGUUCUAUGGACAGUAUGAAGGCAAAGUCAGCUCUGUGGCUCUGUGCAAACUGCUCCAGCAUGGCAUCAAUGCAGACGACAAACGGCUGCAGGACAUCCGCGUGAAGGGAGAGGAAAUCUAUGGCAUGGAUGAGGGCAUCCGCACCCGCUCCAAGGCAGCCAAAAACCCUGAGCGCUGGACAAACAUUCCUCUGCUGGUCAAGAUCCUAAAGCUGAUCAUCAAUGAGCUCUCCAACGUCAUGGAGGCCAACGCUGCCCGGCAGGCCACCCCUGCGGAGUGGGGUCAAGAUGACUCCAAUGACAUGUGGGAGGACCAGGAGGAGGAGGAAGAGGAGGAGGAGGAUGGUUUAGCUGGCCAACUCUUAUCUGACAUUCUUGCUACAAGUAAAUAUGAGGAGGGCUACUACGAGGACGAUGAGGAAGACGACCCUGACGCCCUGAAGGAUCCUCUCUACCAGAUGGACCUGCAGGCAUACCUCACGGACUUCCUGUGCCAGUUCGCUCAGCAGCCCUGCUACCUAAUGUUCUCAGGCCACCUUAAUGACAGCGAGAGGCGUGUUCUGCAGACCAUUGGUAUCUGAAGGUGGAGCAUCCGCAUCUGCUCCUCCUGGCCCAGCAGCAAGCAAGCCCUUCGCAGCCCUUGCUGGCCUUGAGGUGUACUUUCUUCUCAACCUGAAGUGGCCUCUUGAUUCUUGGCCCUCGGCCUUAGUGGAGUGACACUGACGACAGUUCAGACCAAGCUCACCCAUGCUGUCACUUAGGAAUGCUGGAACAAAGAGAACACUUCUCAAAGUCCCCCUGAAGAUAUCCCAUCUCUAGAACCUUUUUCUCCCCAACUCUGCCCCACCUCUGUUCCUAGAGCCUCUGCCAGCCUGUCCAGAAACAUAGUGCCCAGAAGGAUUAUGUGUUCAUGGAUUGUUUUGCCCACCUCAGGAACACGGAAAGUCAUGGCCAUUUAUAUUCUAAAACAGACCUGUUUACUUUUACAGGACAUCUGAUGUGUUCAGAUAGGAAUGCCCUGGAGAGAGAAUUGUGCUUUCUGCCCUCCACGACAGAUGCUCUGGGUUCUCAGUAGGAACAAGAGGAAGCAGCUACGUCCUAAGCCCUCUCCAGUGACCUCUCCUUGUUUCCCUUCUACAACACUAAGACUCGCCUGUCAAGAAGUCAUCUUGUUUUUGACUCACUGCAUGACACAACCCCUCCCCUCAAGCUAUUCCUAUGCACACACACAAUAAGCGAGACAGAUGGCAAUUUGUUUUUCCUUUUUUAGGGGGAAAAAAUGGGAAAAACAUUUUUUUUUAAAGUCCACCUGACCCAGCUAUGUAUAAUAUACCUCCCGCACAUUACCACACAGUCAUACUCAGACGUCACCCUGCCCCCUCAGGAACCCCCUACAGUGCUUAAGUUGUAGCCCUCAGAUUUGCAGUGUGUAUUUUUCUAGGAGAGUAAUCUUUACAAGUGAAUUUAGUCCACAUGACAUAAGGUGUCUCAACACCUCUGCCUUCUGUUCCUUUUAGAAGGAAAAUUAUAAUGAAAGGAUUAGGCGGAGCCCAUGUAGACACCCUAGUGUGUGUUUUAGCUAACCUAGCUUGAAGUGGUCCCUGGAGAAUUGGCAUUAUUAAGGGAGGUCCCUUAACUGGGAAAUUAGUCUGUUGUGGGUUCAAAAAGUGAACGAGGAUAAAAAAAAAAUCAAGAAGCGGAAGGUAAAGCCCAGCAUUCCCUUGAUAGUGCCCACAUUUGGUGCCCUAUUUUUAAUAACUACAGAGUAUUUCUUAAGGUUGGUGGUCUCACAAAUAGGAGAAAAUAUACAAACUGAAUCUAAAUUUCCAUUCAAGGAAAGGCCCCACUGUGGGGCAUGUAGUCUGCAAGACUUAACAGAAGCUCAAGGACUUUGUAGCUAAUAGUGACUCUGUGCCACUAGGUGUCCCUGGUGCCUAACUCCCACGUCUGAGCUGCAGGGGGGAGGUCUGUUAACGUUACUAUCUUUGAAAAGCUUGAGGGCGUGUGUGUUCACAGUGUGUUUACUGCCAUACUGCCAACCAGGUUCUGAGGCUAAUACUGCCUCAGUCCCCUGCUGUUUCUCCCCCUUGCAUUAGGGGGAUCAUGGCAUUGCGGUCUCACCAGCUGGUGCUCAGGAAAACCACAGUCUGAACCUUAGAGCCUCACUCCCUAGCUGAUCUUAAGGCAGUACCCUUUGGGUUCAGUGCUGAAGGUUCCACAAGGCCAAAUCACCCCUUGAUUUCAGCACAGAAGAAUGAUCUCCCGCCCCAAGCAUUGAACUUCCAAGUUCAGGAAGGCCUAGGGCUCUCACAAAGACUGAGACUCGGAGGCCUGCUAAUCAGAAAAACAGUCUGCAUCUAGUGUCAAAAGCUGUCCCUAGGCAAGGGUCCUCUUUUCCUGUUCUGCUGAUUUCAGGGGAGGACUAGGCCUCCUACCUCAGAAGAACUUGAGUCCUGAGGAAGAGGAUCCUCUGGUCACUUGGUGGCCCACCUGCCUGACAGACACACUGCUGUGGAUGAGAGCAGACGGUCUUGGACCCCUUGAUGUGCAGAGACUUCUUGUGUUUACAGAAUAUUUUCACAUAUAUCAUCCCAUUUAACCUUUAUAAGAGAUACACAGUGGAUAUUAUUCCCAUUCUAUUGAUGAAGAAAACUGUUGAGACUAUACCCAGCAUGAACAGGAAGAAAAAAAGAUUGGCUUGAGGCCAGUGGCAUUAAAAAAUGGAACUCUAAGCACCAAUUUUACUCCUGUGUCUUUUUAGCCAAAGAGAACUAGCUUCAGUCUGAAAGGGCCAGUGAAUGCCAAGUGGUCAGAAAGCACGGAAGUUCAAGAUAAAGACAAGUUAGGAAAAGCUCUGGAUUGCUCUAAGGUAUUUCGGGGUCUCCUGACCCUAGUGAAUAGGCCACUAGAACCCCAGGGCUUUCCCAGGCGUUUGCUGAGGUCCUAGUGAAGAGAAUGGAGGGGAAAAGAAUGGAAACUAGAAGCUAUAAAAGGAGGUAAAAGUCCAAGAAAGGAAGCUGAUUAUCACAAGUCACCGACCUAUGAGAGUCAUUAAUCGGGAAGUACAAACCAACAAACUACUCAAGCCGAUAAACAGGAAUGAUCACAUGUCACUGGGGUUUAAUAGAUGUUCAUUAUGAACUUAAGAGCAAGUGAUGCCAAACUGGCCUCAGUCUGAUUGUGUUAACAGACUAGAUAAACUCUGGACAGAGUAAAAUAAAGCAUUAGGAAGAUGGAGAAGUUGGUAGCUGGCCAUGAACUCAGACUGCAGAAUAGCCCAUUGUGGGAUGGAUUAUGAUUGCCCCAGGCUCUGUCCUUGGCCCCCUUUGAUGCCAUGACAGGAGGGUUUUGUUAAUGGCCUACCCAUUCCAAAAGAGAAUUUGAGGCCAUUUAUGAAAGAAAUACUAGAUAAGGGAGAAAUGCUGAUCAGAUUUUUAGAUAACGAAAUCCCUUGGGAAGAAUGACAGUGUAGGAUCCAGACAGCUAUCUCUACAAGCUGCAGAAACGGGGACUGCCGAGGAUCUGUGAACGUGGAAGAGUAUAGAGUGCUGUGCUCUUGGUUAACGAGGCUGUGUGCAGCCGUGUCUACAAUGUCCUGGAACGGUUAGCAUGUCUUCACAAAACUCCAGUGUGGUCCUGGCUGGGGUAGUGGACACACUGUCCAGAGACCUGUGCAAGGUCGUGUCAGUCUCCCUGUGCCUGUCUGAUUCUGGAGCACUCUGGUCCCUUCAGGUGGCUCCCUGACAGGUGGGAAGUGCAUCUGCAAGAGCGAAACCAAGAAUUAGAGGACCCACACUGUCGAGGGAAAGAAGCUCGAAGCAUCUGAGGUGGCUCCGCUUGGAGAAGGCCCCAGGGGAAACGGGACUCUGCUUUGGAAAAGUAAAGGGCAGUUCAGUGAGAGACAUACCACACUUCUCACCCUGGCUGGGCAGACCUAUGGCCAGUAAGAUAAUGAACACAAAGCCAGUUUCUGGCUACUCUGCUUCUAUUCUUUUAAGCAAGUAUUAAACCACUAACUAUUA